CUCGUCAAUGCGUGUAUGCCUGUCUAUGACCGAAAUGCUUCGAUUCAUUCAUUCAUACCACGAUCUGUCGUCAGUCAACGAGCAAACAAAUAGUCACCUCGCCACACAAUACGCACACACGAACAAAACUGUACACAGCAAUAGAGCUAGCAACAUCACCUCAUAAGGAUUCCAUCGACAGCACUCUCAGCGUUCGCCAGCCGCUCCCCCACCCCGUCCGCACACGCAAAGGGCUGCACAAAGGAGAUCCCCGUCACGCGAUACACCGGCCCCCCACAGUCAGGCAGCCUCUCAUGAGUCCCCACCAGACACACCCAGCCGUGGAACGCCAGCAGGUCGGGAAGCCACACAGACAAGACCGUCUCAUUCGCCGCGCCCUCGAAAAGCGCCGGGGUGCCAUCACUCGCUGCUGCUGCUGCUGCUGCAGCUGCUGCUGCUGGCGGUGGCGGCUGCAGGGGGAUGUUUGCCGGCAGGGUGGGAAGGUGGUCUGUCCAGAUGUCCGCUGCCGCCAUCGCGCGGAUGCAGGGCAGCUCCGGGUGGCUGCUGUCGAUGAGGGAGAGCUCAAUCGUCAGCCGCUGGGGGUCUAGAACGGCAUCCUGCCCCUCUCGCCUGUACCUCAGCCGGGCGGCGUGGACCGCCACGUAACGCCACUCUUCUCCCCCCUCCACCUCUGUGUCCAUCAUUGCUCCAUCUCUCAUCGGCUGCUCCUCAUUCAGCCCACCGAAGUCUAUGUCGUCAAGCAGGUCCUCUAUGUCAGCAUCUGCUGGCGCCGCAGCAGCAGCAGCCGCCGCCGCCGCAGGAACAGCAGCUGCAGGAAGAGCCACAGGAGCUCCGGCAGGUGGUGGUACUAGAUCGUUAAGUCCGUCCAGCAAAUCGUCAAGGUCGGCAUCAUCAUCAAACAUCGAGGACGGCAUCGUCGGGAUCGGCUGCAUCGGCUGCAGCUGCUGCUGGCCCUCAUAAGCGACAGUCAUCCCCUGCGGUGCUCUCGCCGGUCCUCUCGGCCGCACCACACGCGCAGGGGGCGGCAACGGGCGUGGGCGUGGGCGUGGCGGGAAGAGGGCUGGGGGUGGUGGCCGUGCAGCAUUGUUAAAUGGCUGUUGACUGAUGAAGGCGUUGCCGUUGUUGCUUGGUGGCGCUCUCUUGGCUCUCUUGUUGGCAUUCGCUGCUGCUGCUGCUGCUGCUGCUGGGUGGGUGGACGCAGAGGGGAGGGCGAGAGCUGUGGCAUCGGAUGGGUCGUCGCCGCCACCACGCAACGGCGGCAGCUCGUGCAGGAGGGUGACGUUGUCGGCGGUUAGAAGCACCUGCCCACGACGGAUCAGCGGCCCGCCCUGCACACACACACACACACACGCAGAGCAGGUGGAUCACUGUGCAUGUGUGUGUGUGUGUGUGUUUGACGGCUGUUGUUCUCAUCUCACCUGUAUGAGCAACUUCUGCAAUGGGAAGAAGCCAUCGCUCGGCACGUGGGCCAUGCGCCGGUACUCGAACGCCUCAAACGUCACCCUCCCAUCCGUCAGCCGAAACUUGAGCGCCCGCUGCGCCCUCUCGCCCCCUCCGGGACCCUUCCUCUGCCCGCCGUCCCCCUCUUCGCCCGCCUUUCUGUUCUUGAUGGGACGAGCGAUGUCCACCACAUCCUCUAUCUGCGCCAGCACCCUCCCUGGUUGCAGCGCGGUGCCGUGUGUGGAGUCGAUAGGUCCGGCGAGGGAGCCCCGGGCCACUAUCUGCUUGAGAUCAGCCGCGAGGAAGGCCUGCCACUCGUCGUGUUGAGGAGGCGCGUUGCUGAUGAGUGAUCGCCAGUUGGGGCGGAGGGACGUGCUGGAUAGCGUCUGGAGGGUUCCAGAAAGCGAAGCCAU